AAGCCAGGUGUUUAUUUCAGCACUUCAAGAGUUUCAAAGGGUGUCGGGCUUGCCUGUCACGGGUAUGUUUGAUGAGGCCACCAAGGUGGCAAUGAACAAACCGAGGUGUGGAGUCCCAGACAAGGAGAUUGAUCUGAACACCCCUGUAGCACCGGUGAACAGUAGUGCCUCAGAUAUUGAAAACAGUGUCAGUGACAUUUUUAAUGAGACUGACAGUAACAACACAGCAAAUAAUACUUUAGGAACUGCUAACUCCUUUGAAGGUGACAUGUUCAAUUCUAAUCACACAGAAAGCGUUCUCGCAGGCAUUUCCAAUGACACCAGCAGAAAUUACACAGAAGACUUCGACUCAUUUGAUCACAUUUUAAGUAACACUUCCCUAAACAGCUCACAAAAUACCAACAUAGACAGUCAAGCGGUAAAUUUUAGUGUGAACAGCCAUCAGAGUGAAGCAGUGCGACGUAGGAAGCGUCACCUGGCCACUCUAGUAUCCAAAAACAGGCACAAGAAAGAUUUGAGUGAAACGGGCUACAUGGCUUUUUCUAAGAGGGUGUUGAAAUGGAGGCUGAUAGGAGAAGGUUACAGCAGUCAGUUAUCUAUUGAAGACCAGAGGUACAUCUUCAGACUGGCCUUCAGGAUGUGGAGUGAGGUGUCUCCGCUGGAGUUUGUGGAGGAUACACGUUCCCCACUGGAGGAUAUCGAUAUCAGACUGGGCUUUGGCACAGGAAGGCAUCUUGGUUGCAAUCAGAGGUUUGAUGGCACUGGUCAAGAAUUUGCCCACGCCUGGUUCCUGGGUGAUAUACACUUUGAUGACGACGAACAUUUCACUGGUCCCAAUGCUGGCAGUGGGAUCAGCCUUCACAAAGUGGCAGUUCAUGAGAUCGGCCAUGUUUUGGGUCUCCCCCACAUCUACAGACCUGGAUCUAUAAUGCAGCCCAGUUAUCUGCCCCAGGAGUCAGGAUUUGAGAUGGACUGGAUGGACAGGAAAGCAAUACAGCACCUCUAUGGGGGCUGUAAAGGCCGAUUCAACACAGUGUUUGAUUGGAUCAGGAAGGAGAAGACGCCCUAUGGGGAGGUGGUCAUCCGCUUUAACACUUAUUUCAUGAGAGAUGGAUGGUACUGGCUGUAUGAGAACAGAAAUAACCGGACACGUUAUGGAGAUCCAGUUGCUCUGCAGAUUGGCUGGCGUGGAAUUCCCAUGGACGGAGUGGAUGCUUAUGUGCAUGUGUGGUCCAGGAAAAAAGAUGCUGUUUAUUUUUUUAAAGGUACUCAGUUCUGGAGGUACGACAGUGAGAAUGACCGAGUGUUCAGAAAGGAUCCUGAAGGUCAACGCUAUCCGAGGUUAAUCUCUGAGGGUUUCCCAGGUGUGUUCGGCCCCAUUGACACAGCCUUUUACGACAGGAGGGACUCCCACAUCUACUUCUUCAAAAACACUCUUUGGAGAGCGGAGACCAUCCAGAUGGCAACAUUGACGCUGCCUACUUCUCCUACACCCACAAUGCCAUCUUUCUACUCAAGGGCACGCGCUUCUGGCAGGUGGUGGGCAGCCGCAAACGCUGGCGCCGGCCAUUUCUGCCGCGAAAUGGCCUGCUGCCACACAAGGAUGUGGAUCAGCACUGGUUCGACAUCUGCAACGUCCAUCCCACUGCACUCAAACUAACCCGCUGAGGUCACUGAAGCAGAGAUUCAUUAAGCCCUACUGAUGUGUACUGACAUGCACUACUGAUUCACCUGUUGUCGCGUGUAUACAUGGUGUCAUAUGUGUGCGUAGACAUCCAUUAUCUACUUUCUCUUUGUCACGUUUGUCUAUAAUUUAACUGGAUAUUUCCGUUGGCUUAUUUUCAGUGAGGUGUGUUAUUAACAGAUCAGCUGCUCUGUCUGUCUGUCACUUCGAGGUGCCAAAUGGAUAUUGGCAUGAAAACAAUGUUAAAGGACCUCUUAUGAUUUAGUGAGAAUAAACUUAUUUAUAGAUGGAUGUCAUCCUUAACACA